AGGAUUUUGAAGCCCGACACCUGUUGAACUCGGCUUGGGCUUUGGCACGCUGGCAGCGGCAUUGCCGACUGGUGGGGUGGCAACAGGAGUGCAAGGACUAUGUUUGCAGACCCGCCCUGCGGAUUCUGGCCGAAGCUGCCAAGAACGGCGGCUUCCAACGGUUCCGCCCGCACGAACUCUCACGCUUGAUCUGGGCAGUCGCCAGUCAAUCCUGCCUGAAAUUGCGACCAAUGGGUCCUCCCUUGCUGGACUAUGUGAGGUCUCCCGAGAAGUUGGUGGCUUUUGAUCCCGACGCUUUGGUAAGUUUGGUCACCUCAUUAGCGUGGAUCUUGGAACGCUUGGUGUGGGAACUUCCAGGAAGACGAACGCAUUCGCGGAUCGUUCCAGAGAGCCCCAGGGAAGUUCCAGCCAUGGACCCUGCAGCUUUCGUGGGCAGCAGCGCAGGAGUGCUAGCAAGCAAGCCAGCUGGGCUGGCCGGACAGCAAGCCGGCCAGCCAGGGCAAGCGCCACAACAGCUCCAGAGCGGUCUCCUCCCAGCUGUUGCAUCUGCGGCGUCCUUCACGGCGGCUUUUCGGGUGAAGCGACAGGCCAAAACCCCCAUGAAGCAGAGCAAUUCCGUGGCACAGGACACCAAGUACUCCAAGUUGGUGAAGGAAGAUCGGAUGAUUACCAUCCAGGAAUCCAACCUUCGCUACGCCGGAGCCGCUCUCAUUUUGCUGGUUGGAAUCUACAAGUACGUUGGCAUGUGCUCCAGCGGCGUCUUCAACUACGGCAGCAUUGCUGCCGACGCAGCUGGGGUGUCCCCGUACGGUUUGGCCAUCGAGUCUCUUCGGUUUGAUGAUGUUAAAGGCUGUAAAGGUUGCGUGCUGGCUUUACGCUGGAGUCUGGAUAAACCCUUUUCGAUGAGCGAAGCCCCUGCUGAGUACAAGGGCUUCCUAAGCAAGUUUAACACCUUGUGCGUUGCUGUGGCGCUGGCGUGCGGCAGUUUCUCCUCAACUUGGUUGGUCCCUCCCCGCAGUUCCUGCGUCAGCAGGGCAGCUGUGGAGGGCACAGCCGGCACGGCGGCAGCUGUGGAGGGCGCUGACGAGAGCCUGCUCCCCGAGCUACUGGACCUAGCGGCUGAUGGUGGGUCUGCUUUGGAAGAACGACUUGAAGAAGUAUUUGCCCAAGUUUCUCCAGAUGAUUUGGCAUCUCUGCGAAUGAAGGUUGCUGAUCCACAGGCUGCGGACCAUUUGGCAGCUCAACGCUUGGGUGAUGCGAUCCAAAUGGCCAUGACUCGGCGCUUGACGGAUGCCAAGAAUGUCUUGGAAGAGUUGAUUCAAGAGGCUGAUGGCGACGUGAAUCUCAAGAUCCGCAAGAUGUUGAAAUCUGUUGAGAGCCCACUGCCGAUCCUCAUGGUCUUGCAGCUCAACAUCGGUGAGGCGCAAGCUUCGGCGGAUGGAGAACGACUGCAGGUGCUGAUGCAUAUCAGCACCGUGAUGCAGGAGGAGCUUGAAAAGAAAUCUUCCCGAGUGAGGGGAAUGUUAAACAAACUCUUGAGGAUUGAAGAUGAGAACAUCAGGAACAACAUUCUACGAGAUCAGCUCACACCAGUGGAGGUUGCAGGUGCCCCUGGUGGCACUCCAUUGAUGGCCGCUAUGGUUCCACCAGAUCGCUUGGCUCCAGCCAUUGCCAGCCUCGUGCAAGAAGUGGAUCGGCAAAUGGUGGCAGUGCUGGGUCCAGAUGAUGAAGGUCGCUAUGAAACCAUGGAUCGGAUUCGCCAGGUGGCCAAACAGGCGCGUCUCAUCAUUGGAGAAGUUUACGGCCAGGGACUCAUGGAUACCUUCAGCGCAGAUUUGACGCCCGCCUUUCACACCUUGAUGUCGUACAAGGCGCGGAACCGCCCUGACGCUGGUGCUACCGCAACGGAGGAAGUUUCAGAGGCGAAGAAGAGGCUGCAGGCGUUGCAGCUGGGCGGCCCAGCUGCCCUGGUGGGUGCGCUUGCGGCCACCUUGGCAGCAGCCGUCAACGGGCAGCUGAUGGAGGUGGCCGGAGGCCCUAGGUUCCAACCCUUCAGGGCUGUGGAGCCUUUGGUCUCCUCUCCUUCAUCAUCGCUCAAGUCGCAAAGCGGCUGCGCCCUGGGUUUCUACAAACUCCUGGAACAGUGGCUGCCUAAGAGGCCACUGCCAGGCCCUGAGGAGAUUCCACAUGUUUGCAAGAUCACAUCGUUGUUUGAGCCUGAGCUCUACAUGGCUCAGGCGGUGAAAGCACACAAACUGAAAGAGUUGCACAAGACGACUGAAGUUUGUGAGCAGGUAUUGCCAACCAGCAGUAGGCAGCACAAUCCGGCGGAGUUUCAGAGUGGCGAUUUGGUGGUUCUGGGCUCGACGAGUUUUCAUGGCGGCUCCGCCGCCGUGCUCUGCGAGAUGACCUCCCUUGACUGCAAGGUGGCCAUUUUGGACACCUCGCGCAGCUUCAAAGUGGCUGAGGACCACGUGAAGUCCAGCGACCUGCGACUGAUCCACCAGGACUGGCGUAUCGGAUCCAGGCAUAUCAUCGGAGGCCUACAGAGCAGUCGCAUGAAGCACUUGAAUGGCUUGGUGGCAUGUGUCAGAGAACACCGACGCUAUGGUCACCCCUGCUUUGUGCCCAAACCAGACUCGAAUGAGCUGAAACUCCGACUCUGUGUGCGUUGGGAGAACUCACAGGAGAACUCCAAUGGCGCCCUGUUGUUGGAGCCACGGUUCCUCUCACCAUGUCUCACCGUGCCACCAUUGCCACAAGCACCGCCAGCGCCACUAGCACCGCCGCCGCCGGAGAGCCAGUUGAACAAGGAGGCGUCAAACGAUGAGCCGCUGCCAGACACGACGCUAUUGACGGUCAAGCGGCGCCUUCCGUUGAACUGGAACAUCUCCUGUGAAGGAUCGGGAGCUUUGCGGGCAAUUGAUGAAGUUGAACCAACCAUUUGUCACCUCCCCAAUGUGGAAAGCCUGACUCCUGCGCCCACGAAUUGCUCCGCCAACUUCUUGGGAGUUCUCUCCUGGAUGGUGGGCGCGCACACGAGGCGAGUGGAGGAGGAGUUUCCCACUGUGAUUCGCCUUUCCUCGGUCUUGGCGGAGGAUCCACAGCCCAGAGAGCAGCUUUCAUGGCUGCUUCCUAUCUCUGAAAGUCAUGAACUUGGGGAUGAUGCAGAUUUGGUUUCAGAACCCACGGAUCGACUGCACAUCACUGAGCGCCUAGAGAAAGGCGACCUCGUGAUCCUGCAACGCGGCCUUCAGCCCUUCGCGCUGUGCCCUGGAGUGGUGAAAGGCGUUGAGGGAAGCUCUUGUACCGUGGCCGUCCUGGAUGAUUCCAGGAGCGUUUUCAUCGGCGAGUGCCGCGUGGCUUUCUCGGACGUGGCGUUAGUUCAUUCCGAGUGGCGCCUGGGGACCAGGGUGGUCCUGGGAGGCUUGCAGAGUAGUCAUAUGGUCCACCUGAACGGCUUGUCGGCUGUGAUUUGCCCCCACAAGCGGCACGGACAUCCUUGCUUUGUGCACAAGCCUAGCUCACCCAACACCGGCGAAUGGCUGACCUUAUGCAUCCGCUUCGAUGAUCCCGACAAAUCUUCCAUGCAUGCAGUUCUUUUGGAACCACGAUUUCUCGCAGCUGUGGGUCCUGUGGGUCCCAUCGAUAGCCGCCAAGUGCUACCAUCACCUCGAAUGGAAUGCUUCACCCCGUCCAGUACCUCCACCGUUCCCGUUCCGCGCUCCGUGUCGCUGACGGAUCGCGCGGAUCAUCGUCAUGGCAAGAGGCACUGGUUGAGAUCCAGCAGCUAUCAGGGACCACCCUCAGCGACAAGUUCGGGAGCGUCCGCUCGAGUGCCGAAGCAACGGAGCGUAUCGAUGUCAUCAACUUCACCAGGAAGUCGCAAGACUUUGACAAAGCAUUUAUCUUCGCCAUCGAUGUCAGGUGAGUGGAGAAGCUUUCGCGAGGCGCUAGGCGAGGAGGACCUCGUGAAAGAGAUCAAGGAACUGAAGGAGUCCCUCAAGAGUCUGACAAAGGAUCAAAGACACGGUUGA